CACCACCAUCACCAUCAUCAUCAGCCAGCGAGCAUGAGGAAGAGGAGGAGGCCCUUAGAACAGCCCCAUAAACAUGCUAACAAGGACCAGAUUUAUCCUCCCCGCGGCCUUCCUCAAGAUAUGCCUCCUCGUGUCCCUCUCCAGUGGCAUGUCCGACCAGGAAAUAAGGAGAUUAAGGGAGGAGGUGAGGGGAAUGUUCUAUCAUGCUUAUGACGGCUACAUGCAUCACGCCUACCCCUACGAUGAGCUGCGGCCCCUCUCCUGUGACGGCCACGACACUUGGGGAAGCUACUCCUUGACACUAAUUGAUGCCUUGGACACCCUGGCCGUCAUGGGCAACAAGACAGAGUUCCAACGAGUCGUUGGUCUCAUCCUUGAGCGUGCCAACUUUGAUGUCAACAUAAAUGUGUCUGUCUUUGAGACCAACAUCAGGAUCUUGGGCGGUCUCCUCAGUGGCCACCUCAUGUCUAGAAGAAUGGGUCUUGAAGUGGAAGAGGGUUGGCCAUGCUCUGGACCUCUCCUGAGUGUGGCCAAGGAUGUAGCAGACCGGCUCCUCCCAGCUUUUGACACUCCCACAGGAAUGCCAUAUGGAACGGUGAACCUGCGUGAAGGAGUGCCUGAGGGUGAGACACCUGUUACCUGCACAGCAGGUGUGGGCACUUAUAUAGUGGAGUUUGGCACGCUAUCCAGACUGACUGGUGACCCUGUCUAUGAAGAGGUGGCAUUAAGAGCACUGCAUGCGGUCUGGAAUCACAGGUCAACCAUUAACCUUGUAGGUAACCACAUUGACGUCCUGACAGGAAGAUGGACGGCACAGGACUCAGGCAUAGGUGCUGGCAUUGACUCCUACUUUGAGUACUUGGUGAAGGCCGCAGGACUACUGCAACGGCCGGAGCUCAUGGCCAUCUUCAAGCAGGCGUGGGCAGCCAUUGAGAAGCACCUGCGCCAUGAGGACUGGUACCUCUGGGCCACCAUGACCAAAGGCUACGUCACCAUGGCCGUCUUUCAGUCCCUUGAAGCCUACUGGCCGGGGGUUCUUACGCUUGUAGGAGAUGUGAAUACUGCACAAAGGAUUGUCUACAAUUACCACCAAGUGUGGAAACAGUUUGGCUUCACACCUGAAUUUUAUAACAUUCCUCAGAGUGAGGCGCCCAAUAACCGUGAAGGCUAUCCACUGCGUCCUGAGCUGGUGGAGUCCCUGAUGUACCUCUUUCAGGCCACCAGGGACCACAACCUGCUGGAGAUGGCUGCUGACAUUGUGGUCAGCAUCCAACACUCAGCCAAGACGGAGUGUGGUUAUGCAACAGUGAAAAAUGUCAACGACCACACAAUAGAAAAUCGUAUGGAGAGCUUCUUCUUAGCUGAGACUACAAAGUACCUCUAUCUCAUCUUUGAUCCUGACAACUGGAUGCAUAACACAGGCAGCAGUGGACACACCCUCACUGCCAAUGGCCGGCAGUGUGUAGUGGAAGCGGGGGGAUAUGUAUUCAAUUCAGAGGCUCACCCAGUGGACCCUGGUGCUCUAGCUUGCUGCUCCAUGAAAGAAGAGGACUGGUCCCUGUCUCUAGCUGAUCAAGUGGCCCUCAUCCUGGACCCAAUGGCACCAUGGAAGGGCCACAUGGGACACAAGGUGAAAGAAGAAAAAGAAGACUGUGGUAGUAAUGGUAAACCUUCAUACCAGGAAGCUAGUCAGGAGGAGGAGGAGGAGGAAGCUAUGGAGGAGGAAGUGGUAGGCAACACCCAGCUUGGGGAGGGCAGUGUGGUGAUACUACAUGGUAAUGGUAAAAUUGUGGCAACCACAGAGGUCCCCAAAGGAUCUAGAAGUGAAGUGGAAAAAAUCCUGCCUCCCCCGUCACCAAGUGCAUCAGGUUCUCCAGAUAAGGAUGUUAAGGAGAGCCCAAGUGUGAUCCUUGACUAUGCUGACAAAUAUCUUGAAAAAUUAAAAGAAGUGAGUGAGAAGAAGCCUUUGGCUAGUGGCUUAGGAGGUAGCAGUAACUAUAGGCCAGAAAGUGAUAGUAAGGAAGAAACUGAAGGCAAGGAAAGGCAUAGUUCACACAGUGAAAUUCUGGUCAAUGGUGACAGUGGCCCUGCAGGGAUAAUCAAGAAGGAUAGUGUGGGGCCGCGGUUUUCUUCCUUGAGUGAGGCAGCAGAGAGAGGGGGAAACACCUCGGGUAUGGAGGCCACAAGUAUUUCUCCAAGUGUCUCCAGCUCCAAGUACAGCACCUCCACGGGCAGUGCUCGCAUCAUCCCCAACCCCAGGACCCCCAAGACCCCCAGCCUGCCCAUCAAGAAGGAGUUUGUGUUGGCUGACCUCAAGGAGAGACUGACCAUUGACCUCAACAGUUACAAAAACUUUACAAAAGCAGCCAGUUACUCUUUGCUCUCUUGCCCUCAUCCUCCCUUCACCCGGAUGCUCAACUUCAAGGGUCAGAUGUUUUACCCUUGAUUUUCUUUUCCAGAGUAAUAUAUAUCUAGACUAGACACUUAUAGGUAUGGUAAAUAAGGACAUUUUCUUAGCCAUGGAGAGGACACGAGACUUUGUGAUAUAUUAUAACUUUGCAUGAGUUGAACUGGGAAUUUUUUUGUUUGUAACAUAUUAAUUUCUUGUUCAAAGACGGGAAUUUAGAAUACAUCUCCACAUUACAUGCAUUACAAAAGUCAUCAGGAGCGAGGGCAGAGCAGUGGGAAUUUUCUCACCCCACCAUCCAUCACUCCACAGUCAGAAAACUGUGGACAUCCUUUUUUACUUCAUUUCAUACUUUGUAUGGUAAUAGUGUGUUGAUGUGUUUAUAUUUGCAUAAAAGUAUGCAUACAUGAUUGGUAGAAAUGAUGUAAAUGGUGCAUUUCUGCCAUUCAAUUUAUGGCUGUCACUCGUAAAAUGUUUCUGCAACCAGUCAUUAAUGCCAUCACAUGUUGGCACAGUUUGUAUUACAUUAACACAUCCUGAGCCUAACAUUAGGCAUUAGAAGACCAUGUUCCUAAAUUACAAAUUAGGAAAUGAGAAAGAUGGAAGCCAUAAUGCAUGUUAUAAAUGGGGUAGUUGGUGCUGGAGGCUGGGGAGAAAUUAUGUAGACUAAAGGAAUGACGUUAUAGCACCAGCUGAGGAAAUUGGUGACUUACUAAGGAUGUCAAGGACGAUUGGGGGUUAUGAAGUAAGAUUGAUAAGGGAAAGUACUGUUGCAGUUUGGAGAAAUAAGUGUUUUCAAGAAAACUAGGACUGACAAUUAUGUUAGUGUUUUGUGUACACGGAAGCGGCAGGUCCUGGGUUAUCAAAAAUCUACUUAAUUUGUAGUUUGUUUAGGGCAGUUUCCCAUCACCUGGAUGGGUGUUUGUGAAGACAUUCCAUUUCUGAAUUUAAAGUUUGUGCUUGAGGGAUCAAAAUCUGGUCUUUUGACUUUGUUCACCUCCCGUUUCCCGUGCUGCAUGGACAUCACAAAACAUAACUUACCAAGGCAAUAGACAUCCACAUCACCAAACUCAGGAUGGGUAAUGGGAAAUAUUAAUUCUUGAUUCACUUGGAUGCAUUUAAUGUAAAGAUCGUCUUUGAUAAAAGCAUCAACCUUCUUUAAAUAUCAGGUAAAUGCAACCUUCUUUCCUGUUUUGAUGUUUGUAAUCAUUGUUGUUGUUUUUAUGCAGUACUGCUCACUGCAGUUUACCAAUAUAUUAAGACUGUUUCUAUUCUGGGAUAUUAAGAGCAAGUAAAAUAUAUUGUUUCUACUCUGGGAUAUUAAGUGAGUAAAAUAUGUAGGUAACAUGGUGGGAUCAUAAUACUGUAAAUAAAGGUUUAUCAUUUUAUAAAACUACUUGAUUUUGCAAUUUUUAUUUAAGAUUUUUUCCAUUUUUUGCCAUUUUUUUGUACUUUUUCAUGUGCAGUUACAAUCAGUUCAGUUAUUCCCAAGAUUAUUAUAAUACCUUGUCAAAACCAGAUGCAUACUGACAGCCUCUGAGGCCAGUUGUAUUUGAAACAAAGAAAAUAAACUAAAACUAAACUUAUUUCAUUGAAAUAAGUUAAAUUUAUAACAAAUAAAUAAUUUUUGUAAUUACUACAAAAAGGAUUACUAAUGAAUGCAAUUCAGGCACACUGUCCUCACUAUGCAUCUACCUUGACAAGUGUUGACACCAAUCCUCUUUAGUGGUCCCAGGCCCCUCUCGCUCUGGAAAGGCCAGACCUCAUUUCUUUUUUUUUUUUUUCAUUAUUUUUAGUAUUUUGGCAGUCUUCAAAACUAAACUUACUCUUGUACUUCCAGCUCUUGCUCAACUUGGCAAGAGAACCUUAUAAGACAAAAGAAACACUAUAAUGAAGAAACAUUACAUAUUUCCUCCCUAUAGUAGUCACAAUAGAAAAAAUAGUAUUCACAAAUGAGCAAUGAAUCCCUUGCUAUUUGCAACAACAAGUAUAUGCAUGAUUAAUACACAGGUACAGCUCAGUAGGGACUUAUAAAGCUUGAGAAGAGCCAACUUGAUCGUCAAAAUUUAACCAAUUUUGAAUUAGGCUGACCACAUCCCAACGAAUCUUCCAGCCAAUCCUUUGAGACGACCACGUCAGCAGGGGACUUGUCAGGAGCAAGCCAACUCAACCAUUCCUUUGGCCAAAGUGCAGUCCAUGGAUUACAUUACAUCACUAUCAGAUUUAUUUUAAUUACCUGCAGUAUUAAAACUGACUUUUUAAUCACAAAUGAUCACAGGUUCUGUGCACACAUUGUCUCCAUCACCUCCUGAUGCAAUUUAAAUGUAGAUCCAUGUCCCUGUGUCUUCAGCUAAGGGAGUGGUGGUAAGCAUAAGGUGUGGGGACCUAACAAAGCAACGCGCUACCUGUCUACAGUACAAGCAGUUUCCACUUGUUUACACACAGAGUUGAUGCCCAAGUACACAAGAAAAUAGAAAAGAUGCACACGAUACAAAAUGGUCUUUUCCAACCUUCUGUAUCACACAGUACAGAAAUUUAACAAGAUAUUCAUCAAACAGUAAAGAGUGCAGAAAACUCAAAAUUUCAAGCCCAAGGACAAGUACUUGUAAACAAUGUGGAAACUCAGUCCACACAGCAACAGUCUUUAGUGUGCAGAGGAGACCUUCACUGGCAAAUCGUAGGAGGAAUUGCAAUCUCCUUUCACCUGAAGAACUGUGCUUAGGAUGCCACACAGGAGUCAUGAAUUUUUUAAAAAGAAAACCAACCAAUGCCUGGGAUUAAGUUGUCAUUUAGUGUGUGUGUGUGUGUGUGUGUGUGUGUGUGUGUGUGUGUGUGUGUGUGUGUGUGUGUG